GUCAAACCUGCUUCAGGAGAUGAUGGUGAUGAUGAUGCCCUCAGUGCCUCCUUAAGGACUUUUUUUAUAUAUAUAUAGUGUUUAUUACCUGUGAAUACCCACGCGGCUGGGGUCCAUGUUAGUAUCUCGGGAUAAUCAUCCAGCAGGGACAGUGAUGGCCACCCCAUCUUCUCCAGCCGCCCUGACACUCUCAGCAUCUGCAUUGUGAGACUGGAGGAGUGAGAACAUGCAGAGACCACAGUAAUAAUAGUAAAUCUAAAAAAACAAACACAACAGGGUUUUUGUUGUUGUUGGUCAAACUAAAGAGAGCCACAGUUGGAUUACAGGGUGUUAUUGUUGUUGUUGUCGUCGUCCGCCAACAUGAACUCGUUCUUCUCCGACACUCCGCCCGGUCCCGUCUGCAACGUCGCCGCCGGGUCUGGCGCGGUGACCAGCGCCCUGAGAAAUGACCUGGGCUCCAACAUCCAUGUGCUGAAGACCCUCAACCUGCGCUUCCGCUGCUUCCUCGCCAAAGUGCACGAACUGGAAAGGAGAAACAAGAUCCUGGAGAGCCAGCUGCAGCAGGCGCUGCAGAGGACGCACUACCGGCACCUCUACUCCCGCGAGGUUGCGGUGCAGACGGACGGUCCCGAGUCACGGCUGCCGGGAACCAUCUGGAGUUUCACACACGUCCGGAGGCAAGGAGAGCGCUUUGAGACGCUGCACGGGCCCGGGGUGACGUGGACGCAUCCGGACGGAGUUGGGGUCCAAAUAGACACGAUCACCCCAGAACUGAGGGCUCUGUACAACGUGCUGGCCAAAGUCAAGCGGGAGAGAGACGAGUACAGGAGAAAAUGGGAGGAGGAGGUGUCCAAACGGGAGCAGCUGGAGUCCAAGGUGGAAUCCCUGCAGCAGAGUGCCCAGGAGUCGUCAGAGAUCCAGGAUGACCUGAACGAGAAGGUGGACAGACUGAAGGCUGAACUCGUGGUCUUCAAGAGCCUCAUGAGUGAUCAAAUGUCUGACCUGGACUCCCAGAUUCAAGAGAAAGCCAGACGGGUGGACAUGGACAUCUGCAGGCGCAUCGACAUCACGGCCAAACUGUGCGACGUAGCUCAGCAACGCAACUCAGAGGACAUGUCAAAGAUGUUCAAUGUCAGUCCGGCCAGGUCGCUCCCAGAGAAGGGUGCGAUGGCCUGCUGCAGGAGGAAAGAGCGAAAGGCAGUAUCUGACGAGGACAGCUCCGAAAUGGAUGCCGAGCCCAGCCCUUCGGAGGAGGAGGUCCCCGGGACGCUCAACAUCACGGACGAAAUGAAACGCAUGCUCAACCAGCUACAUUAUUCAGAUAACUCCUCUUUUGCCAGGCGUGAGACAUUUGAAAUCGAGGACGACUGCGACAGUCUGACGUGGGAGGAAAAUGAAGACACUCUGCUGCUGUGGGAGGACUUCAAAAACUACAAUGUGCCGCUUGCCAUCACUGCAACCAACGGCACAACCAACGGCACCUGCGAAGGCAACGGUGAAGUCGCUGAUCCAGACUCCCAGGAUGGAAGUCUUGGCAGCCUCAUUGAUGAAACAGAGUCACUAUUUAAGACCAGAGAGCAGGAGUACCAGGAGACGAUCGGCCAGAUUGAGAUGGAACUGGCCACGGCAAAGAGUGACAUGAACCGCCACCUGCACGAGUACAUGGAGAUGUGCAGCAUGAAGCGAGGCCUGGACGUGCAGAUGGAAACCUGCCGACGGAUGAUUAAAGGUGGCGGGGACUCUCCUUCCUUAAGCUCUGUGGCCAGCAGCGACUCAGGGAACACUGACGAGAUCCACGAUGAGAUUUCGGACAAGGACGCCGAGGCCGAAGUCUCCGUUAAUUGUCCCGUCUCCUCCUGACCACCGCUUGUUAUCACGGGGGUUAGAUGUGUAAAGAGCUCCGAGAGGAAAAACCAACCUAAAUCUGGACCUGUUUGACCAGUUAAAGUUCUGACAGUCAUGCUCACUGAUGCAGGCCCAGAACUGGUGCUUUUACACUGUUUCUCUUUGGUGUGGGGAAGUGCAUCUUUGAUUUACAAAGAGAAAAAGGGUGCAUAUAGAGUCCAAGCUGUGCUUUUUUUUCCCUCACUGCUGCCUCACUGGAUUGUUGUCCAGAGCUUCACAUAAUUUUUGGGGAGGAAAGAAAAAAAAAAAAAUUCUCAAAUGUUUUAAACUGGCUGAGAAGUUUUUUCUACAAAUUCUUACCCUAUUAAUGUCCUUUUUUUCUAAAGGAAUUGAAAAUAGUACAUAUUGUGCUUCUUGUUCGGUGAACAAUAAAUACAUUAUUGACACAAAUAAAAAAAAACCUACAACACACAUUCAGCUUUUAAAUUUUAAUAUUCAUUUAAGAUUGCAGGAGGAAAGUUCCCCUUGGUUGGAUUUACGUUAAGUUUUUUUGUAUUAUUUACGCAAGUCCAAGUGGAGAAAUUUACAGUGUCUUCUGCCAAGGAGGCAAAACAGAAGUAGAGAUAGAAAUGGUGUUGGAGUUGUGCUGGUUUCUGAGGGAAUUCUGCAGGGUUGCCAAAGUUGACAGAGAAACGGAGCACAGCCUUUUUUGAUGCAUCAGUGCACUACUGAAGUUCUAUGCAAUUUAGCUGGCCUUACUUUCAGACUGGCUUUCACCCCUCUUCAGUUCAGUUGUCUAAAACCAGUACAGUUUGCCUUUUCCGCAAAAGCAGGUGUUUUUUAAAUAUAAUUUUGUGCUUUUGAAAAAAAAAAAAAUAUAUAUAUAUAUAUGUAGUUUUUUUUUCCGUUUGUUUUGUUUUUAUUCUUAAGGACAGGAAGAGUUAAAACUGGAGCAGUGUCCCCUUGAAAGGGCCUAAUAUUUACGACAGUACUCGCUACUGAAAUGAGCAGGGCAUUGUUCUGUCAGAUGGAACUAAAGCUGGGGUAGGCAGGAUUGUGUGUGUGAGAGAGAAUGUUUGUCAUUCAACAAUAGUUCCAUAACAAUCUCUCAGCAUCAUAAAAUCAAGUCAUCUGAGAGAGAUCUCCACUUCUUCACCUCCUCCGGGUUCUAUUUAUAGCCAUUUGCAGACUGACCAAUCACGAGGCCGUCCAGAAAAAAAACAGGAGUGCUUCAAACAGUCCUUUGCACAGCAGCUAUUUUGAGGGGUCACAGUGGGAAAAGCACAGGUGCAAAAAAAAAAAAAAAUAAAGAGUUCCAUUUGCCUUCCUCAGUUUCAGACUAGCUCACUGUCACACCAUCGUCAAAGUGAUCCGAUACACGUGUGUUUUUCCACACUAAAAUAUGUCAAAAUGGCUGCUGUGCUGUGUUUUUACUAAGCAGAU